AGCCAUUUUGGCUCAAGCCAUUUUGGCUCAGGCCAUUCUGGCUCAUGUCUGUUCGGUGCACCCCGCCAGUGCCCUUCCGCGCUGGGUGGCCGAAGCUCUCUGAGGCGUCCCCGAGGACUCACUGACUGCGACAGCCUCACGGCAUGCAUCAAAGGGACGAUGAUAUGGGGAACAUCUGCCAGGCGUUUUUUUCCGGCAGCUGUAAGUACGGCGACCGCUGCAUCUUCUCUCACGCGUUCGUGCAGGCGGGCUCGAAGAGGGAGACCGUUGGCAGCAGGGCCGCCGCGGCGCUGGCCGCGUCGCAGGCGUCCGACAUCUCCAGCGACCAGAGCUCCAGCUACGGCUACGGCCAGGGCAGCUCGCGGUCCUGGGCAGACCAAUCGCAGGACACCUGGCCCGAGGUGCCCCGGCCGCCGUCGGCCCAAGCUCCCACCAGGGUUCGAGACGCGCUCCCCCCUGGCUUCGAGGUCAGCGGGUGGCAGCUCCCCAGCUUCGGCGACCGCCUCGGCUUCCCCGAGUUCAUCCCCUCGGACGACGGCUCGCCGGAGCGCUCGCGGGGCUGGGGGCCGCAGAGCAAGUCGGCGCGGCGGCGCAGACAGCGGGAGCUCGGGGAUCGGCGGGCCGAGUACGCGAAGGCGAACGCGAAGCGCUCGGACGAGGCGGUGGCCGCCGCCCUGGCCUUCCAGGCGCGGCCGUGCGAACGCUCGGCGCCGCACCUGGACUUCCCCCGGUCGGAGGAGGACUCGCCGGUGAGACCCCCCGCGCCCAGGCCGACCCCGCGGCCGGAGCAGAAGGAGAGGGCUUCGGAUGGCGCGCGCGGCGCCACGGAGCAGGAGGACGAGGACGAGGACGAGGACGAGGACGUGCAGGAGCAGCUGCCCAGGCCUGCGUGCCCAGGAACGCGGAGGAACAUACUCUCGCUGUGAGAUUGGUGCCGCGCGGGGAGGCGCGCGCUCGUUUUUUGCUUGUGUAGUUCGAUCACCGCGUGCCCGCGAGCAGGUACAAUUCGCCGUUCUCUUUAGCCCCUCCUGCUGCGGACCUUGCCACGUUCCACAGCGGCGCGAUUGCAGUUUUCAGAGUAGUUCCUUGCAAAGUUUGGCCGCUGUUGCCCUGGCCUGCCUUUGCUGCUAGAAGGCGGACUCGGCCACCUUUUAGGUAUUCCCUUCUGAGGGCCGUCUGGUCGGGUUGCCCUUUUAAUCACCCGUUCCCCACCAGCGACAGGACAUCGAAGGCGAAGCCUCUCAAUAUAUUUCAAUGGAUUUUCGGUCUCCCUGAGUAACUAGCGGUGGCAACCGCGUGGCCAUGAUGACCAGUGGCCAUGAAGCGCGCGGCAACGACGAAUGCUGACUAGUGGCCCUGAAUCUCGCGGCAACGACAUGCGUGCCGAAGCCUUCGAUAUAUUGCGAAGGCCUUACGGCCGUUGCCGCCGACCCUGAA